GAGAGAGAGAGAGAGAGAGAGUGUGUGUGUGUGUGUGUGUGUGUGUGUGUGUGUGUGAGAGAGAGAGAGAGAGAGAGAGAGAGAGAGAGAGCAGCCCUCCUCUUCCUCCUCCUUCUCCGUUUGCAGCUCGUUCAUGCCUCUCAGAUUCGGCGCGAGACCUGCGGUGAACGGGAGCCCGGAUCGCGCGCAUUACAGUUUUUUCUUUUUCUUUUUUUUUUUUACAUUCUCUUAAUAUUUGCAUAUUUGCAAUCCCUGGACACUUCGAAUUAAAGAGUUUUUUUUUAUUCUUUUUUUUUUCUCUUCAUAAAUAGAAAUGAAAUAAAUACAUAAAUAUACCGCGAGGGUGCAAAUCGAGCGAGCGCGCGAGGGAGGAGAAUACGCAAGAGACGCGUGGAUGCGCGGCGCGCGAGCGGAGCGGAAAUGGAACUGCUGCUGGUGAUCUGCGUCGCGUUCGGUAUGCUGCGGUGCGACGGUGCGCGAGCGGACUCCAUCAUUCACAUCGGCGCCAUCUUCGAGGAGAACGCAGCGAGGGACGACGAGAUCUUCCAGCUGGCCAUCUCAGACCUCAGCCUCAACGAUGACCUUUUGCAGAGCGAGAAAAUCACACACUCCAUAAAAUUUAUCGAGCCUAACAACCCCUUCCAGGCGGUUCAGGAAGCCAUGUCUCAAACCGGCAAAUCCUGCGGUGACUUCAAAAAAUCCCAGAAUGCACGGCGGCUACGCGGCAGAGACCCGGGUCGGCUAGUAAGCGACGUACGAGAUGGUGUUAAUGGUGUGGACGUGUUUUGA